AUGGUGAAUUCAACCGAAGUAUCAGUCUUGCACGGGUUUGAGUUUCCCACGUACUGCAGCAGCAUAGAGGUGAGCCACGAUAACAAAACGCUGCUGGCCACAGGAGGGUACAAGCCCAUGAAUCUGCUCUUCGAUCUGCAAGAGCACUCGCUGAAAACAGAAAGGCAUUCAGACCACGAGCUGCUUAAAGGCAUUUUUCUGGAAGAGGACUGGACAAAGAUGGCUUUUCUAUCAAACACUGCAAGAAUAGAGUUUCACUCGCAGUUUGGAAAACACGAGAUCAUCAGCCUGCCCCAGCAGUGCCGAGACAUAAAGGCAGACAGGAUAAAAGCUGAAGUCUUGGCGCCUGGAAAGUUAAAGGACGUAUACAGGUUUAGUUUGGAAACGGGAAAGUUUUCCUCCAUCACGAGCACGGGCGUCACUAGCAUUGAAGAGGUUGCCAUAAACACAUCCCACACGCUUUGCGCUGUAGCUGGAAGCGCCCGGUCUGUGGCUGCAGAAAGCAGCGGUUUGUGCGAGUUUAUAGACAGCAGAGACAAUUCGAUAGUUGGAAAAAUAUCUGUUGACUCGCCUGCCACAUCCUGUGCGUUUUCCGAUGACGGGAUUCUGUUCGCUGCAGGCAGCGAGUCCGGAGUGGUCUCGCUGUAUGACAUAAGAAGCGCCAAGCCCAUGAUAACAAAGGACCACAACUACGACUUCAGAAUAAAAAAGGUGCAAAUAAAGGGCAGGAGGGUUCUGUCUUUAGACCGAAAAGGAGUGAAGGUGUGGGAGUGCAGCACAGGGAAGGUCCUGGCAACAAUUCAGCCGGCAUUUGAGGCGAACACCUUUGCUACUUCAGAGGGAAUAGUCUUUAUAGGAGGAAGCACGGAGGAGAUGAAAACAUACUAUACGCCUUCCUUGGGCGCCAUACCCGCAUGGUGCAGCAACCUAGAAGGCGCAACAGAUGAAAUGGACGAAAUGCGAAAGACAACGUAUUUCGAGCAAUACCGGUUUGUGACAGAGGAGGAGCUGGCUGCGGCAAGACUGCAAAAGGAGGUUGGAAAGAAGGUGAAGCCGCACAUGCAUGGAUACCUAGUGCCGCAUGCGCUAUACGAUAAACACAUAGAAAAACUGCAGGCAAGCUAA